UACGAAAGCGUCAGGUCCCGGGUCCAAGCGCCCUUCUCGCCCCGAAGCUUUCCCCUCCCCAAAGAUACCUGCCUCCCCUUCCCGGAGCCGCCGCCGCCGCCGCCCUCGCCCCCUUCUAGAACCUUCCGGAGGCGAUCCGGAAAGCGGAAGGGCAUGGCGACGCAGACAGGGGUCGCCGCCUCCAAGGUCCUCAUUCUCGUCGGCGCAGGGAUGACGGGCUCGAUCCUGCUGCGGAAUGGACGCUUGUCUGAUGUGUUGGGGGAGCUCCAGGAGCUUAUGAAGGGUGUCAAUCAAGGACAGGCUUCUGGCCCCUACGACAUUGCCCUUAUUCAAGCUCAGAUCCGGAAUUUAGCGCAAGAAGUCAGAGACUUGACUUUAUCAAGGCCCAUUACAAUAUUGAGUGGCAACUCGAACUCAGGAGGCAGUUUAUCAUUCUACAUACUGCCCGCAGCUGCAGUUGGAGCAAUGGGUUAUUGCUAUAUGUGGUGGAAGGGAUUGUCUCUCUCAGAUGUCAUGUUUGUCACAAAACGCAACAUGGCUAAUGCUGUUCAGAGCAUGUCAAAGCAGUUGGAGCAAGUUUCAUCAGCACUAGCUGCAACAAAAAGACAUCUAACUCAACGGCUUGAGAAUUUGGAUGGCAAAAUGGAUGAACAAGUAGAGGUCUCCAAAACCAUUAGGAAUGAGGUCCAUGAAGUUAAAGAUGACCUGUCUCAAAUUGGAUUUGACAUUGAAGCAAUUCAACAAAUGGUUGCUGGAUUGGAAGGAAAGAUCGAGUUACUUGAGAACAAACAGGAUGUGGCUAAUGCUGGUAUAUGGUACCUCUGCCAAGUCGCAGGAGGUAUAAAAGAUGGAAUAAGCUCCAAGUUUUUUCAGGAAUCCAGUGAAAAGCUCAAGCUUUCACAUCCAGCUCAACUUGAAAACAAGACAGUGAAGGGACUUGAAUUAUUUCUGGAGAGCACCAAGGAACAUAAGGAAAUAGACUCCAAACCAAAUACACUCACAAGCGACACUGAAAAGCCCAUGAAACCUGCUGCUGUAAAGAGUGCCGCGGUGCACAGGUCCAGCAGAUUCUCCUUUCGGAAGGAAGGCCUCGCUUUGUGAUCAAAGUCUCUCUGCUUGCGAUGUACAUUGCCUUCCUGGUAGCUUUGUCUGAUACUCAGAAAACACAGAAGAAUAACCUGCAUCUGGAGUGGCUGAAUUUUUCCGGAAUACACAUGCACGAGGCAUUGGUCUAAUUUGAAAAUAACUCCGGUUCCACCCAUUUAGCAUUUGUUUUUCUUGGAUUUUGAUUCAUUUUGUGGUUUGAUUUGAUGCUUUCUAUGAUGUAUACAAGUGAUUCGAAAGAAUAAAUAAAACACUUUUUUUCUUGUCAAAUUGGUGGAGAAACUACGGGGUACACAUUAGGGAACAUGGAUUGGUGUUUCGGGGUCUGUAAACUGUAAUUUGCCUCUUUGUAAUGUUUUACCUAUUACUCCAUUUCUUUUUGUUGGGAGUA